AUGCAACAACAAAGUUCUGAUUAUUCUCCAGACUUAGUUAAAGGAACCUGCAUCAAUAUGGAACUUCUAAAGAGUGAAAAUGAGCUUCAUAAAGAAAAUACUGUUUUGUGUAGCAGCAGUCCAGAAGAUGUCUUCAGACCCUGUGAAACACAACCAGUAUCAGUUUGUAUGGACACCACCAUGCCUACAGGUGACUACACUCGAAGACGUGGGUAUACUGAGUCUUCACUUCUCCUGAAGCUUCCCACGGAGGAGUGCACUGGGAGCCAUCAUACACCUUUCCACUUUGACCGGCAUGCUCUGGCCAGAAUUUCCACUUCUCCAACUUUAAGGCGUCUACGGAUGGCCUCUGCCUCACAAGCAUCAACAUUUCAGGACUCCUCUAACACAGCUCAGCUAGGGAAUCAAAAGGAAUACACCAGCUCUCUCCACCACAUUUGUAAAAGUCCACCCCGGUGCAUUAAAUCUUCCUCACUGUCUUUGCCUUCUUGUGUCCAUGCAAAAUUAUUGUCUUCCAAAGUAAAGUCUGAAACAACCAUAGUAGAUCCAGAGUCUGCCAGCCCCAGAUUAAAGUUGUCAAUCCAAAAAGAUCCUCUCAGUGAUGGCAGUCCCAAUGAGAUGCUCCAAAACUCUUGCCAAGUCAACUCUGUUAUGCUGCCUAGGAGACUUCCCCGCCCCAGCCAUAUGCCACAGGAGGCUAUCCAGCCAGAGAAAACUGCUGAAGUGUCAGAUUAUUCCCUCUGUCUAGAAGAACUUUGGGACAGCUGGCAACCCUCCUCCAACACUGCCUCAUAUAUCAUCCAGGGUGAAAACGUGCUGCUGUCUCUCAGUUUUAAUGAACAUCUCCCCACCCUCAGAUCAGCCGAGCGCAGGCGUAGCUCUGUCGUAGUGAGUCUGCCGGGACUCGAGGUGUUCCCUGGAGACCUCCUGGUGUCAGACAGUGCCUUGGACUACCUGCCCCACGCAGCCCUGCUGCUAAAUGCAGAGUCCAAAAAGCCAAGGUGGCCGUUUGCCAAAAGAGGAGUUGGUAAAGACAAACACAAGCAAGAUCUGGAAAACUGUCUUUCAACUGUUAAGAUCAUAGAUUGCGGCACAUAUGAUUUCUGCUGUUUCAAGAGUAAAUCUUGGCAUGAGUUUAUAAAGGCUCAACAGACUGAGCAGAAAGAUGUCAACAGCCGGUUGGAAGUGAAAAAAGAAGAAGCGGUGUGGGAACUUUUCACAAGUGAAUGCACUUACUUUCUGGAUCAUUUGCUGGUUCUCAAGAUGAUAUUUAUGAACACUCUAAAAUACCUCCAGAGUAAAGAAUUUCUCUUGGAUGUGGAUAUAUGGAAACUCUUUGCAAACUUGGAGGAGUUAAACAAGAUAAGUCUCAGUUUUGUGGAAAGUGUUUUUGAAAUUGUGAAGGAACAUGUCAGCGAGUCAGGGUCGCCUACGGAUUUCAUCUCCAUACUCAGAAAGUUCUUCCAGGGUGAGCUCUGCCAGACGCACCAGAUUUAUUGCCUCAAUUAUACAUCCGCUGUCUUCUACUUGGAAAACCUGAGACAGAGAGAAGAUUUUGGCAUCUACCUGAAAUGGUGUGAACAAAACGAACAGUGCAAGAGACUGCACCUGCCGGAGCUGCUGGUCGCUCCUUUGCAUCGACUGACCCGCUAUCCCCUCCUCCUAAACAAUAUCUGGAAGAGGAGCACUGAUGAAAUGGAGAAAGGCUCUAUCUGGUCAGUUAAAGAGAAGGUGGAAAAGUCCAUACGGGAUCUGGAAGGCAAAGUCAAGUGGCUGGACAACUUUCAGAAGUUCCGGCAGCUGCAUGAGGUCAUAAUUUGGCCUCAAAUCUGGGAUCGUGACAAGAGAUUCUUUGUCCCAGAGUGCUUGAAACAAAACUUGAGAGAAAACAGCAGUGAAAACAUUUUGUCUUCAGCGAGCAGACUUCUCCUCCAUGAAGGGAGGCUAACACUAGCAGAAAGCACAAGACUCCUUGAUGUCUACCUCUUCCUAUUUGAUGAUUUCCUAUUAAUUACCAAAAUUAAACGUAACAAAAAGAAAUACGGGGGCUCAGAUACAGGCUUAAUCCCUGUCUGUCCUUCCCUCGCUCCCGAGCUGCAGUCACUCAUAAGAGAAGGUGGGUUUUGCUCAGUCCUUGACCAGCCCAUCCCACUGGACAGACUGAUAUUGAAAAACACUGACCCUAUCCACAUAACAGUCUUCAGCCUGAGAAAUGCUUUCCUAAUACAGCAUGAAAAUAGGUAUCGGCAGUGCAUAGCAGUCUUCUUGCUACAAGCACAAACAGACACUGCCAAGAAAACAUGGAUGUCACAGAUAGAAAUGGCAAUCUCCAAUUACACUAAGCAAGAUGAAACCAAGAAAAGCACUCUUUUCUGCUUCCCAGCUGAAUCCUCUGAAAUUUAAUAAUGCCAGCACAGCAUGGACAGAUCCAGUGGAAGACUAUUGUGGUGAUAACAUAGUUAUUUCUUUCAGCAUGCCUUCACUUUCUGACACUAGCAAACUUUUGACUUGACUAGACAGAAGCGAUGAGUUUUGACCACAGAACGUAGGAAUAAAUUGGAAGGGGAGAAUGGGGAGAACGAGCCAGGCACCAAACCAUCAUUCUUAGAUGCUCCUUUGCUUCAGCUAGGGGAAGGCUCUUGCCAUCCAGGGAAGCGUUAACACAACUUGUUGUUUCCUAUAAAGCAGGACAGGGAAAACACCUAUGUUGGUGAGGAGAAAUCAUUCACCAGAAGUCUAGAGGGGUUUUUCUGAGCUCAUUCAAAUUGUAUUAAUAAAUUUCACAAAAACUAAAAUUGUAGGGAACUGUCUAGCCAUAGCUCCCUGUACUUACUGCUUUCCUACCUACUGAACUAUAACAUCUCACACUCAGCUUGUGGGGGCAGAUCAGUAAAAACAUAUUUUUUUGAGUAGCCAUUAAUUUUCAAAAUGAAAAGGUUGCUUAGUGCCCUGUUUAUUUGAAAAUGGUCAUCCUUACAUCUAACAUUCAGAUAAAUUAUAGAUGCUACAGAAUAUAUAAAAACAAAGAACAAAGGUGCAACCAUGUCCCCCUUUUAAUGGGGACUCUUUAUCCAAAGUCUUUCACAGCUUUCUUAUCAGCAGAUCUGUCAUUAUGCAUUAUUUAUGCUUGGUGCAGCCUUCAGAGUUCAAUUUUGCUAUGUCUUGUCUUUUCAACUUUUCUUCAGAA